AUGUUGACCAAGAAGUUCACCUUUCUGUUUACUGCCAUUGCUGCCUUUCUGUUGGGUUUCAAACUUCAGCCAGAGAACCUUGCUUUCAAAGCAACCGUGGCUCCUGUUGUUACUCUCGAUGAGGACAUUCGAUUGCCAACCAAGACAUUGGUUUCGCUGAACUUGAGCUUUGAGAUUCAUCCUCAAGCUACCAUUAUUGAUCUGUUCGAAACUGUUACCACUGAAUGCCAACAACUUUACAAGGUUUACGCCCCAGUUGCCAUCGAUCUAUUCAACACUGCAUCUGAUGAGCUCGCACGAGCCUACGAGACAUACCAACCAAUUGCAUGGGAACUGUUUGACGAGAUCAUUCGCCCAUUUGCGUUGGAUCUGCUUGACAAUAUCUCUGCUGCAUUGCAACAACUGUACCACGGAACUUUCACUGAGCCUCCUUUUGACGACCAAGCCACCUGUAUUGCAUUCCUACAAGUGGAUGCCUUCAAAUCUUUCAAGUCUUGCUACGAGAAUUACGAUUCCGCGGUGCAAGACUUGACAGAUACUUGUGGUUCCAUCCACCAUGAGCUUGUACUGGGUUGCAUCCGCACCCACUUUUCAUUAGUUGCUCCAUCGGUGUUGGUGAAUCUGGAUCAAGAUGCGCCACCGAGGACUUUGUCGUCGGAGAUGGCAGAUCACCAUCGCCGUCUUUCGCAAGAAGAAGAAGAAGACUCGCCCCCGACAACGAGCAGUCAUGAGAAGGAUAAUUUGCCGAAUGACCAUGACGGUGAUGAUGGAAGCAAUAAUUCCACCAUUACUAGAAGCAAGCCGUUGGAAUACGAGUUUUACAAAAUGGGAGAACCGACUCUUAAGUUUGUCAAGAAGUUGCCUCUUUCUUAUAGACUCCAUAGUCAUGCAGAAGUUUUUGUCAAGUCGGCGUCCGAGGAUCUCGUCAAGUUGUGUAGCUGUCUUUGGACUUUGGGGUAUGCCAUUGCUGAUAGCAUUGUCUACAACAUCAAAUACGAAAUCAUGAAACAACAAGCGAAACAGUAA